GACUCGGUGGCAGCGGUCACAGGGCUGUUGCUUGUCAUGUGCGACGAUGCAGCAAGAUAAAGCUCACCCCUGCUCGUUCGAAUGGGCUUCUGCCGUCCUGAUAAGAGACGCGGCAUGUCCCCUUUGAAGUGAAGAGCUGAAGAAGAUUGACUGAUAGCUUUGUCUGCAUCCUACUUGUCUGUUGCAUCCAUCCUACCGAAGUUGAGCUGCCGAUAAAGGACCGGAUCCUGUAAAUCAUCGCCCAAAAAUGCCGGCCAUUCUCUCCAACCUAGCCCCCUCAGUUGAGCACCAACAACAAUCAAAGCUCGCAACAACACAACCCACCGUCACAUCCGACACCGUCCCCUCAACAGCAGACUGCGCCGCUCACCUCGAGCUCCUCGAGACCUUUGUCACCCUUCGCGACGCAGUCUACCUCCUCGCCGCCGACGCGAGCCAGGCACCCGAGCGCGUAUGGGACCUGUACUGUAACCGCGCCGUCGCCCGCUUCGAGCAAUGGAGUACCAGCGCCGAGAGGCCGGCGGAGCAGAUGCCGCCCGUUGACGUGCUCAUGGCGUGGCACGCGCUGAUGCUGCACCCCAAGGCAUACGCCCGUUUCAUUGAGCUUGGUGGUCGUCUGGGUCUGGAUGGCAUCAAAUGGUCUGGAAUUUCGAGAUCAUCAAACCUCGAGUCCCUGAUCACCUCAAUCGACCUCCCCUCCCUCCUCUCAUCUCCAACCUCCCAAACCGGCACCUUCACCCACGCCUCGCCCACGGGAACAACCCUCUUCACAUACCCCCUCACCGCAGCAAUCAACCGCCAAUUCUCCUUCUCCCUCAAAAUGUCCUCCCAUGCCUGGCUCCGCAGCGCAAGCCCCGCAGACCUCCUGGCCGCGGCGCAAACCCGCUACGCGCAAUUCUUCCGCCUUAUCGCCGCGCACCCGGGCACCGUCAUGGUGCCGACGCUCGACAUUGACCUCGUCUGGCACACGCACCAGCUCGCGCCGGCGCGGUACCUCGCCUACUCGAAGCGGACGACGGGGAAGCUGGUGGACCACGACGACGAGAUCCCCGACGAGAGUCUGGCGGUGCUGUCGACGGAUAUGAGGGCGCUUUGGAGGGAGGCGUUUGACGAGGAGUAUCUCCCUGCUGCUUGCCAGGAGGAUGCUGGGUGUGGAGGCGGUUGUGGUGGUGGUUGUGGAGGGGAGGGUGGAUGCGGGAGCUGUGGUGCCAUGAAAUGAGCACGGAGGUUUGUUACAUUGAUGGAGGGACGUGGGUGCAUCUAGACAACGGCAUUACAUAUGGAGUCUGCAUCUCAGGUCAAAUACCUAUAAGACAAUCAUAUUCAAGAGCGAAAAAGUCCAAAAGUGAACCUUGUUGAGCUCUUUUUGCCUCGUGGCGGAAUCGAACCGCCGAUCUUCUCAUGUCACUAAUACUAGUGAGACGCUAUACCACUUAGCCAACAAGGCGACU